AUGGCCUACUCUACCGAUAUGGAGAAAGCCAUGGCGCUACGCGAGGAGAAACAAGAACGCCGCGACGCAUCGGACGACAUUCCCAACGCAUGGCAACAAGCUGUCAACCCCGGCGAAGGAGAUUCCAUUUGCAAUAACAUCUCGACCAAGGAGAUGGAGAAAGCUGUCCUACACACGGAAACACAACCUCCGGCUCAGACGCUCGGUCAACACCCCAGCGUCUUCAAGACUGCCGAAGUAGUCAUGAUUCCGAAGCCGAACAAGCGAAACCUCAGCGAUGUGUCCACAUGGCGCCCCAUAUCACCUCCUUACCUGCCUCAGCAAAGGACUAGAACGGGUGGUUGCAAGAAGGAAUGGCAUACGCCGCCAUCAAAUACGGCAUCUAUCCCAGCCCGGCCCGAGCACGUAGACAUUGUGGUGUCCCUCAACUACGACAUGAGAAAGCACUUGUAG